CAGCAAGGAAUCGUAGUGGUGAGCAUCAACUAUCGUCUUGGCCCUCUCGGUUUUUUGUCGCUACCUGGCGUCGGAAUUACCGGCAACAUGGGACUCAAGGAUCAACGGUUGAGCUUCGCGUGGGUAAAGGAUAACAUCGCACGGUUCGGUGGUGACCCGAACAAUGUCACGAUAUUUGGUGAAAGUGCUGGCGGUGCAUCGGUGCACUUGCACUACUUGAGUGAAGGAUCGAGGAAAUACUUCCACAAGGCUAUCGCCCAAAGUGGUACAGCGUUCAACGAGUGGGUGUGGCAAAGGGAACCGGGUCGUCGAGCCAGAAAGCUGGCCCGUUUGCUUGGAAACGAAAACAGUGAUUCGGACGAGGACGUGCUGGCCACGCUUAUGGAGGCAUCGGCAGAAAAGAUGAACACGAUUCAGUUCCAAGCCUUGAACGAGUACGAGCAAGCGUGGAUGCUUUGUUUUCCCUUCAGUCCGAUCGUUGAACCACCCGGCACCGUGGAUGCAAUCCUAACGGAACAUCCGGCAGUAGUCGCGAAACGCUGUUUCGCGAAAGAGAUCCCGCUCGUGCUCGGUACGACGAAAGAGGAAGCACUGGGUCUUUGGGCCAUGAUUGAGGCAAAGUUUUCGUUGUUUCAAAACGAUCCCUUCCGGCUACUGCCGGCCACACUGAACGUAUCGGAUGAGGAGGGCAAGAAACGUGCCGCUGAACUGACCAAGGAGUUCUUUUUGAAAGGUCGAUCGCUUUCACCGGAACACAUGAGGGACAUAAUUCCGAUUUUGAGCGACAAUUUCAACACGUUCCCGUUCUACGUUGCCGCUGAACUGCAUGCGCGCGUUCAAAGGGCUCCUCUCUAUUGCUACGUGUUCUCCUGCUCGAGCGAGUUGAACGUGUUCCGAAAAUUUCUCAAGACGCCUCCGAACGAAACCGACGCUGCUCACGGUGAUGAUAUGUACUAUCUUUUCAGCUCUACGGUCUUCAACACCUCCGCCGUCGAGGAACAUUCGGAAGCGGCCCAGUUGAGGAAGUUUAUUUGCGGUUUAUGGGCUGACUUAGCACGGAACGGAAAUCCCACCUCCAGUUUGCCCAGUUGGAUGGCCGUGCCUCAUUUGGAUGACGAUUCGAAAGAAUUUCAACUUCCUGCCAUGGAACUGUGCGGGCUCGAACAAGCCAACUCUAUGGUACCGGAUUGCUUCUCCGAGAGAUUCAAAUUCUGGAAGAAGCUGUACGCAAUGUUCAACGGAUCCCAUCUGCUCCCGAACAUCGAUUAAAUGUGCCUUCUAUUGAAAGAGAGAAAUAAAAUGAUAACAUUUUUGAA